CAGGUUUGCGAAAUCCUCAAUCAUCGGCCAUUUUGUGUUUUGCGACAGGGUUUUCGCGGAGAAUAUUGCAGCUUCUCUCCCUUUCUGUACGUGGAUCGUUGCUAGAACAGACUGAUUCGAGACAUUUUAUACACACUCCGGGUCGGAUUUUAUUUCACGUGGCAUAUAAAACUUUAAAAUGGCUGAUUUUAAUCAGUUUAGUGCGGAACCUUCCCACGAUUCGUACGACAAUGACUUCGAAAGGUUGGACAACGAUUCCGAGAAAAUUGGUGGGGAGAAUCCUGAAGAAGAUCUGUACUCAGCCGACCCAUCCCAGGUCCCCACGGGGGAACUCCUUUCCUUUGGGGACAGUCCGGCCAAAGAACCAUCACACACAGGCUUCGAUGAAGGUUUUGGCAAUCCUAUUCCAGAGGCAAGUCCAGAUUCGACCACGGCCGAGGCGGAACCCGAGCUGUCACCUCCUCUCUCCGAUCCGUGGGAGAAGGAGGCCGAGCCUGCGGCGCAGGAAGCUGCCCAAUUCACGCCCGAUCCUGUAGCGGAGUCGGAGCCAACACCUUCAAAACAACAUGAACCAACUCCCACUCCACCUAGCUCACCAGCAUUGGGUGCCUUGAUUGAUCCUUCCAAGAUCGACCCCAGAGUGGUUGAGCUGGUUUACUGGAGAGAUCCCAAGAAGUCCGGGGUUGUAUUCGGCAGCGUCUUUCUGGUGCUGCUUGCCCUCAGCCUCUGCUCCUUCAUCAGCGUGGUGGCGUAUCUUCUCCUGGCCGUCAUGACGGUUACCAUCAGUUUCCGCAUCUACAAGACUGUCAUGCAGGCUGUACAGAAGACUGGAGAAGGAAACCCAUUCAAGGCCCACCUGGAUUGUGACAUCACAUUGUCCAAGGAACAAGUAGAGAAGUACACUGACAAGGUGAUUGAGAAGAUCAAUGCCCACAGUGGCUGCCUCAGACACCUCCUGCUGGUCGAGGACUUUGUGGACUCCAUCAAGUUUGCCGUCAUCCUGUGGCUGUUGACCUACGUAGGAGCCUGGUUCAACGGACUCACCCUAGUCAUGCUCGGCUGGAUUGACCUGUUCGUACUGCCCAUUGUGUAUGAAAAAUAUCAGGUGCAGAUAGAUGAUGUUGUCGGUAAGGCACAAACCCAGAUCAACACAGUCCUUACUACCAUCAAGACCAAGAUCCCAUGGCUGAAGAAGAAAGAGGAGUAGAGAAAUCUUUUUCAGAGAAGGGGAGUUGGGGAGGGGAGGGGGAAGGUACCCCAAGGCUUGACUCUUCAUCAAUGUUCAUGUACAGCGAUGUAACAAUGGGGGACUGUUGCUGCAUGUACACCUCUAGGCCCUACACUCACUACUCACUGUUCUAAGUCAGGGUCCCAAGCAAAAUUGUCAGCUCCUAAAUAAAUCGAAAGGCAUUUGAGUAUACUGUUGAUUUUGACAAAGAUAUCGUUGUUCAAUACAGAAGCCAGUAUGGAUAAGAAAAAUGUAACAACUCUUGCAGCAUUAAAUCUUUCUUGCUAAAGACUAGCUUAGCAUUGAGAACGGGCAAAUAUAGUCGGUCUGAAAUCACGCUGCUAUGGCAAAUAUAAUUCACUGGAAAUAAUUAAGCUACCUAUAGAAUGAAUGUUUUUAACAAAGUGGGAGGGGGGAUUGCAUUUGCAUUGUGAAUGUGAUGCCGCCAUUACUCAAAAAGUGCAAAUACUGAAAAAAAUUAAAUUGAAUUCACUGAUAAAUGUUAUAAUAAUGAGUAAUAAGCAGAAUUUAUAUAUGCUCUGUUUUUGUGUAUAUAGAGGAUUGGACUACAAUAAAGAUUGCAUAGAGCGCGCUCCGCUCACAAAUAACUGAUAUUGCUGAUGUUUGGUCGGAUAAAUUAUGGUUAGAUUAUUCUUAAUCGAAUCACUUCGGUCUUAACAUGUGUGUCUGUGCAAGUAAUCUGCAAGAUGUGCAGCUUUAUGCAUGUACAUGUACAGACAUGAACAAGUAACAAUGAUUAUGCACAAUGAACAAAAGAGGAACAAAUGACUACGCUGGAAAAUUAACUAAGAAACAUGAACACUUUAAAAUAUAUUUGAUGAGCUGGAAUUUCAUCUUUGAGAGGGGAACGCCAAGUAGAAAGUCUAAAGGACACUUUUGAAGAGGCACAGAGGCCAAGACUAGGGCAACAAAGUGAUCUCUGUGACCUCCUUGUAAUAAGCCACUUCAGAAUGUCAGCGGUGCAUGUCUGUUACUGCUGACAACGGAUUUUGUCUAUCUCCAGUAACCUUUUUACAAUACCCUGCCUUUAUCCCAAUGGUUCCUGCAGCCAUUCAAUCUAAGAGAAGAAAUCAUUUGAAUCAAACUUUCAGUGGAAACCUGCAAACAACAGUUACUUCGAAGCAAAUCAUGUUUACAUGUAUCUAGGUAUUGGUUUCUUUUUUUCUCUUUUUUUAUUUGCUCUUCAAUAUCAGUUACUUGUGAGGUCCUAAAAGGAUUACACGACAAAGAAGAACGUUUGUCAGAAUUAAAACUCCAUCUGACUUCGAUCUUGUUCCAUGUUAAUUAAUACUGCCAUACGUGUCUAUAGCGACGACUUUGUAUGCACAUUUUAGGGAUGGUUCAUAAAAAAUUCUCUCGAUGUAUUCCAUCUCUUUUUCAUCCCGGUUUAUCUCUAGGCUUUGUGACAGCUGUCUCAACGUAUGAUAAUAAUAUUAUUCAGAAGUUGUUACAUAUCAAUUCAUGUCAGGACUUGUAUUGACAAUCUGUGAAUAUUAAUAAUGCUUUAAGACACUGAGUGUGCGUGCAGUUAACUUUGAAAUUUGAAAUUUAAAUGUAUGUAAAGAAAAAAAACAGAAAUGAGUAUUAAAAAAAAAUUAAAAAGUAGGCUUGUGCUAAAUCUGGUUCUUAGUUUAUGCAAGGGAAAAACAAUCAGUGUCACUGAUGUAUUAUUUGACUAAUGAUAUCGUAAUGAUAUAGUAAGUCCAGUGGUAUGAUGAAGGGAUGUUGCUCAUUAAGAAGUGGAGUCUGUGUGGCGGCCAUCUUUGUUGUAUUCCCAGAAGGGGUAAUCAUGAUUAUGGCAUUAAUAAAGCAUUGAGUUGACGGCACCAGACUCAAUUAUUACCGGGUUAUGGUACUGCUGCUCCAGUGCUGGCAUGUAAAGUUGUGUGCAUUCCGGCAGAAAAAUAACGAACGAAAGCUCAACACAGCUUUUCAAGAUGGUCGCCGCUUAGAAUGUCCAUUGUUAAAAGUUAGUUAUUCUGAUUGCAGUACGACGGCAAAAACGGUGCAGUGUUUAUGUAAGCUGGUUACGCAGUUUGUUUUCUUACGAAUUUAAUUAUCACUGAAACAAAAUACCUAAAUUUUGAAAGAAAAAAAAAGUAAGGUAAAGUGAGUAUAGUUGCCUGUAUUUUGUACCUUGUCACUGUAAAUGGUGUUCAUUUGAAUCUUAAACAUAAAGAUGAUUAACUAAAAACAACUACAUAUAAUGUACAGCCAGUGUUGUGUGAAUGUAAUGUACACCUUCAUUUCAACUGUCCUUCAUUGUAUUAAAUGAAUAUACAUCAGAUUUGGAUUUGAUUAUAUUAAAUAGAUAUCAACUUAGGAAUCUGUAGUCUAGAUGACAAUACCUCUUCAGAGUGAACCCUCUGGUUUUUUACAACGGGCAUUCCUUUUUUUCUUUAAAUUAACAAAAAAGGGGUUUCUUUCUUCUUUUUUUGCAGAGACUUUGUAGAAUGGUAGCCCAGAUAAAUAGUGCAAGAGAUGACCACUAGUUGACUAAGCUUGUAGUGUAUUCUCUUAGUAGGUUGACUUCAUAAAUUUGUACAAAUUCUUUCAAUUUUGCUGAAUGUUCAUAUUUUGCAUGUAACAUUGCUAUUUACUCGCAGGCAGCUAGGCUGGCUGUUUCUAAUCUAUGUGCAGUAAAAAAAAAAGUAAAAAAAGUAACUUUAAGAUGUAAAAAAAAAAAAACUGUUUAGUCUUGUCCUCUAGAUGUGUGACAUUGUUGUGAAGUAUAAAGGGAUGCCAGGGUGGUCGAUAUUGUGUCUUUGCUUAGUUGUAAGACAAAUGCAUCUAAAUUGAGGGAGAUUUUUUUGUAAUGUUUGCUUUUGGUCUAGAGGGUAGAUCCAAGGUUCUGAAGGGGCAUCAUCUUCACCAUACCCCCUCCCUGGAUCCACUAAUGCCCUUGAAAGAUUUCUAGAGACGUUAGUCGUACAAGAUUGGUGAAACUAUGUCAUUACUCUCUUUGUCCAACCCUGUAUUUUGUAUCAACACAUUUAAGUAGAUCUUGCCUGCCAUUUAAUGCAGUUUAAUUUUUAAGUUUUGCUGUUAAUCAAACAUUCAAGAUUGUUCUUAGUUUUUCUUUUUCCCGAUGAGUCAUUAAGGCUUGAUUAUUGUGCCAUUUGGUUCUUGUACAAAAAAAACUUUAUUAAAGUGCAAAUUAUUGAUGGAAAUGUUAGUGUGCUUUCGCCCAUAUUUUUGGAUUCAGCCUUUAACUUCAUGGGUUAUAUCUGGAAAUUGUGGUUGUGCUAUAGAUGGAUUUUUUUUUAAAUUUAUUUGACUAACGGUUGUCUUUUAUACAAAAACUUUUCUUUCUGCCUGUUUUCUUGCUAGUACUCUUCUCCAGGAGAUAAGUAGUUUACAAAACGACGAAACUAAAAGAACUUGUAAAUAAGGAUUACAAAUGGGGGUAUUCACAAGUUGUUCGCUUGAACGCAAAGUUUAGCCAACUGGGACGUCCAGGAGGAAUGUUAAAAGUGGAAAUGUAUGUGAAGUGUAAAACACAUGCGCACUUUGUAACGGUCAAUAUAUCCCUAAAAAAUGGAAGUUGGAAGUAUGGAUGUGUCUUCUUAGGUUAACAUUUAUCACAGUUAGAGAUCAACACAUUAGUGUGAUACUGAUGAGCUACAUUCUACAUGGCUAUCUUUCUGUUGCCUAUCUUUCUGUUGCCUUUCAGAGAGGCAAACUUUUAAAGGGAUCCAAACAUUCCUGCAAACCAAAGGGUUGCUAGUAGGGACAAUUGACUGGAAUGCUAGCUAUAGACCUCGGGGCUUAAUUUCAUAGAGCUGCUAAAGCACAAAGUGUUACUUAACAAUUGUCUGCUAAGCAGAAAUGAGCAUGAUACCAGUCACCAGUUGCGCACACAUUUUUGGAAUACUAAAAAAAGGAGAAAAAAAAACAAUUUAAGCAAAUAGAAGAGCAUGCCAUUAGUAGCUGUAUAUGCGAAUGCCUUUUACACAAUGGGAGACUUUGGAACACUAGAUGGCAGCAGACAAGGUAAAUUUCCAUUGCUCACAGUUCCAAGAACAAUAUAUUUAUCUGGCAAGUCUGCUGCCACCUAGAGUCCCCAAUUGUCUCCCAUUACCGCUACUGUAGUAUAUUUCCCGUUCUUUCAUUUCGGUUUAAGCUUUAGAAAGGUGAACUGUAGAUUAUGUCGUAAUAAGCCACUCUCCCAUCCGUGGACGACGUAAACUAUUUACUAUUUUGAGAUUUGAGAUUAGUACGUAUUCAUGCGCUGUUUAGUAUGAAGUAAAACCACAGAAAUAAGUGAAGAUAAGAUUGUACUAUUAUUUAAAAUAAAGAUUAUAAAAAUCAAAGAGACUGUAAGUUUUUUCGUUGACGAUUAUAUCAGAGUUAUUUUAUAAUUUACCAAGAUUGUUUGAAGGUCUGUAAGCUUUUGAUAGAAUGAUAAAUGAUAGCACUGGUUUACGACUUCUUGUGUAGGUUUUUUUUUUUUUUAAUGAAUUAAAAAUAUGGCGUGUUUGUUGGCAACAAUGAUGAUGAUAAAAAUAAGUUGCUUUGCAUUUGGCAAUGUCCCCUGCAGUGUGAUAUACUGUAUUGAUUACAAAUCGAAAUAAAAAGUGACUGUUCAGCCUAAAA